AUGGAGGAGGAAGAUAGUAGUUUCGAAAGAAGUUAUAUACCUCUCUUCAGGCAUGGUAAUGGUAAGAGGUCUAUGCUGCCGGAGCCGAAGGUGUUGGGAUUAGGUAAGAGUCAUAUGGUGCAGGGACCAAGUAAGAAACCUAUGGUGCAAGGUGUUAAGUAUGAUAGAGCGGAUGAUGAUGAUAUUAAUAGAGAGAAUGAUGAGGAUAGUGAGAUCCCCGAGAAUAUGAGGAUAAAGAUAAGGAUCGAGAUGAAAAGUUUUACAAUCUGGUCUACAGGCGUGCCACAAAAUUUCCUCUACAACUCAUCACAGAAUACAUAUCUAUGGGUUCCGACUAUCAGUAUGGUGGUCACAUAUCCGGAUUCAACCACCAUCAACUAUGAUAACCAAAAAGAUCAUAUUGUUGUUGCAUGUCGUCCAGUUUCAAGAAGAAGAAUAAGGCCACAGGCAAGACGAACAAUAUAUACUUCUUCAUCCCAAUGA